AUGAGUGCUGGUUGCAUGCAUUGCACGUUAGGCGCGAGUGUGCGCAAAAUUAGAGCGACAAGAUCAUUGUCCAGAAUACCACGUAACAAUGUCAGCUCCACCCUCGACGCGGGACAAGUGAUACAGAGCACCACACCAAGCAUUCGAUCGAUGCCGCCCAAGAAACGAGACAAAGAAAUUAAUCUAUCGGGGAAGAUGAAUAUACCAGAAGCCAUCACAAUGCCAGUGGUCGCCGCUACGCCGAAAAUCCCGGAAAGGCUGAUAAAAGUCUCUCGACAGCGCACGUUCGAUAUUAACACAGAGCCUAAGAACUGUUGCCAGGUCGACUCCAAGCUCCAGAAUAUGUGA